AUGGAGUAUCCACACAUCACAGGUAACAACAGGCCUACCAAUGCCAGACAAAUUCAUAACUCCAAAUCUAGCUUCUACUCUCUAGGUUUAACUUUGAUUCGAGAGAAUUUCUGUGGAGCUGAUUCUGGUGAUGUAACCAGUGCCAGUGAGUCUACCUCGAAGGCUGCCACAUUUUCAAAAGUCGGUACGGACUCAAUUAAGAGAAGGAGUCCUCUUUCUGUUAGAAAAGAUGGUCACAAUUAUGUGGAAAAUCCUCAGCAUUCCAGAGCAAAGGGUUGGCACAUAGAGAUCGCAGUUCCAAAAAGCCAUGAUAUUUCUUUAGCAGAUCGUGAAGAAUCUGAGGAUAGUUCUAUGAGUAUCGCAGCAAAGACAUUGGAAAAAAUGACAAGUACUGAAGCUGUUGGGUUUGAAUAUGUGCCAAUGGAUGGGAAACAGGAAUACUCUUCUGUCUCUAAUGUUGUCACUGAUAAGUUUGAAACUAAGUUGGAGGCGGUUUCUCCUAGCUGUCUUGGGUGUAGUGGUUCUGUAAAGCGUGUGGGAACAAUUCAGCUGUUUCCAGCUGAAGAAAUUAGUACUGAAGAACAGAGAUACUUAGCAAAGCUGCCAGAUCGUAGGAGCCUUGAUUCCACUAUAACAGAAUCGAGUUCUCGAACCAUGCAUGGCUGUUGUUUGCAAACAACAGAUGAAAUAGUUUCCAUCCGAAAGCAGCUUUUGGGCAUUGAAAAUAAGCAGUCAAACUUGCUGGACUUGUUAAAGGUGUUUACGACCAACACAAUGGAUUGUUUGUCAAUGAUACAAUUGAAGGUGUCAAGUUUAGAGCAUGUUGUAGAUAGGCUGGCACAAGAAGUUGUUAAUGUAGGGAGCUAUUCUGAUCUAGCAACUGCCAAACUUUUGAAGAAGAGCCCCAAUGUUGCUUCUCCUAGACUCUCUACAUACACUCCAAGGCCACCGGUAGAUGUGCGUAAUAGAAAGCCUCUGCUUAUGCAGAUGAAAAAUGCAGAGAUUUGGGAGGAAAAAGCAUUUUCUAGGAGCAGAUCAAGCAGUUCUAGCACUGGUGUAGACAUGUGGACAGAUCCCACAGUAAGGCUAAGUAGAAAUCCCAUUGGGCAGAAUUGCUCUGGGCAGGGAACGAAUAGUAGUCAAACAAGAAAAGCUGAUGUUGUUCUUGGUUCAGCUUUUACUACUAGUGAGAGAAAAAUUAAUUCAGAAUCCAAGAAUAACUUGUGGAAACUUGUAAAAGGUUAUAUAUCAGAAGGGGAUCUAGACUCUGCAUAUGUGGAGGCUCUAUGUUUGGGUGAUGAUAUUGUUUUGAUUGAACUUCUCGACAGAACAGGUCCUGUUCUGGAAAAUUUAUCACAUCAGACUGCCAGUGACGUUCUUAGUACUUUGGCGUCGUACCUCCUGGAACAAAGAUUUAUGAAUUCUAUAAUCCCUUGGCUGCAGCAGGUGGUGGACUUGAGCACUAUUCAUGGACCAAAUUACCUUGUUCUUUCUGGAAAAGCAAGGCGAGAAUUCUUGGUUGCAAUUCAGGAAGCCGUGAAAAUGGAGUACUCUAAUCCUGCUGAGAGAUCACGUGUGACACAGCUAGCAAUGAAAUUGCAUCGAAUCUGGGGUGAGGCUUUUUUUGAAUGUUGA